AAGGACUUCUCAUAAAUUCCGGGUAGGUUGUAGCUCUUUGUUCUCUUCUUUGUGAUCCGAAUUGGGUGAUUGUAGGGUUUGUCAAAAGAAGUGACAUGAUUCGUGAACCGCCACCACCGACAAUACCUCAGAACGUGGCUUCCUCGUUAGUAGCAGGGGUUCGUGGCGGAGAUUUCUCUGACGCUACGGAGACCCCGCCGGAGAAGAAACAGAAACUUGGUGAAGAGGUCGAUUGCAAGACUUCGACUUCCGCCGGUGAUGAGGAUGGUAUGUCCAGUUCCGUAAAAGCUCAGUAUAUUGAUGGGUAUGAUUCAGAAGAAGAGAUUGAUGAAGCUGUUUGGGACAAGUACCUCCAACAGAUCGAGGAGAGCGAGCCAAAGAAAGAUUCGGAUAUGCAGCCAAAGAAAGAUUCGGAUAUGCAGUGAUCUGAUCGAACAUCCUUUUGGUACUAAGCUUUGGGCUUUGUGUUAACAUUUAGUGAGGCUCAUUGAACAUGGUUACUAGCUCUAUGAAUUUAUGCUAUUUAAGUUCUCUUUGUACUUUUUUUUUGUUGGACAUGUAAAAGUAGUAGUAAAAACCAGAGUAUCUGACUUCUUCAUUUAAGUGGACAGAGCUGCUUAUCUUCUCUUUUCUUUAUUAUAUAUAUACUGGUGAUGUUGCCAGAGCUAUGCUCAGGCCCAAUGGCUAUGUGAACAAUUUAUGUCUAAAUAUAUAUAUCUUAAUUUAAUUUU